AUGGACUCCCAUGGUGUUGCAGUCGAGGAUGUUUUAUUGCGUAUGUACUUCUUGUAUUUUAUACAACUGGACCUCAAGCAUGGUUGUAUCACCGCGGAACAUGUUCAAGAGUCCCUUGCCAGCUUCGCGUUGCUCCAGUUCCUCCAAGAAAGUCGCCAAUUGCUCAGCGGUGGGAGAUCCUUCUGCGACUUAUUAGUCUCUGGCAUCAUUAGAGGGUCGUACACUCAAAUACGCACUGUCGCCGAGACGUUGAUGGAUAACGAAGCCAAGUUUCUUGGAAGCGCGCACGAAAUUUGCCCACCACACUCAUUAUCAACUCUGCCGGCCGCCAUAUUUGAUAUUGCUCCCCUUUAA